AUGACUACUAGUACGCUCGAGGCAUGCCCAGCCACAACUCCCAACCGUCGAACACCACUGGUACCGCCCCUCCUGGCGCUCCUGCUGGCCCUGCUGCUGCUCCCCGGCCCCCCCGGCGCCGCGGCCUCGGCCAAGCACACGCGCCGCAAGCUCGCACUCCGCGAGGGUCCGACAUCCCGCACCAUUGAGGAGCGCGGGCUGCUGGACCCGGGCGUGAGCGCAGCUGACCUGGCAGAGGGAGCGCGCGAGUACUCGGCAGCUGCCGCCCGCCGGCGGUUCGGCGGCCAUGUGCUCGGAUACGUGACCCCCUGGAAUCGUGGCGGUUACGAGGCCGCGGUGCGUUUCAGGGGGAAGCUGACUCACGUCAGCCCGGUGUGGUACCAGCUGGCGACUAAUUCUGACGGCCAGCUGGCGCUGGUGGGGGGCCACGAGUUCAACGCCACCUGGAUCCAGGAGCUGAGGCGGCCGCAGCAGCAAGGCCCGAGCGGCGGCGCCAGCAGCGGCGAGGGCGAGGGCGCUGCUCUUUCGGGGGCGGCGGAGGGCGCGUGUGGCGAGGGCGGCGGCGAGGGCGCGGUGUGCGGCGCGCCGCCGGGGGACGGAGUGUCGCAUCUCCCGCCCCUCAUUGUGCCGCGAGUCAUCGUGGAGCUGGCGGGGCGGGACGUGGGGCUCCUGCUGGGGCGCCCCGGCCCCGCGAUCGAGCGGCUGGUGGAGGUGGGGGCGGCGGCGCAGCUGAAAUGCAGGCGGCGCGCGCUUCAGGCGGGGCCGGCGGCCCGCGCCGCGCGCCGAUGCGGAGUCGUCAAGCUGCUUGCAAAAAUGAUGUUCUGA